GGGGAGAGCGGAUACAGCGACUGCAGGGUCCGGGGAGAGCGGAUACAGCGACUGCAGGGUCCGGGGAGAGCGGAUACAGCGACUGCAGGGUCCGGGGAGAGCGGAUACAGCGACUGCAGGGUCCGGGGAGAGCGGAUACAGCGACUGCAGGGUCCGGGGAGAGCGGAUACAGCGACUGCAGGGUCCGGGGAGAGCGGAUACAGCGACUGCAGGGUCCGGGGAGAGCGGAUACAGCGACUGCAGGGUCCGGGGAGAGCGGAUAUAGUGAAUGCAGGGUCCGGGGAGAGCGGAUAUAGUGAAUGCAGGGUCCGGGGAGAGCGGAUAUAGUGAAUGCAGGGUCCGGGGAGACCGGAUAUAGUGAAUGCAGGGUCCGGGGAGACCGGAUAUAGUGAAUGCAGGGUCCGGGGAGACCGGAUAUAGGGAAUGCAGGGUCCGGGGAGACCGGAUAUAGUGAAUGCAGGGUCCGAGGAGACCGGAUAUAGUGAAUGCAGGGUCCGGGGAGACCGGAUAUAGUGAAUGCAGGGUCCGGGGAGACCGGAUAUAGUAAAUGCAGGGUCCGGGGGAGACCGGAUAUAGUAAAUGCAGGGUCCGGGGA